CACACAACAAAAACCUACAACAUAUUGUCGUCUUUGAAACACGUGGGCGCUGAAUAAGAGCCCUGGCUGUACUCCGCGGCGGACAAUUUUACAACGUUCUCUUUACCAUUACCUGGGUCGGCACGAACAAUGAGCAAUCCGACCAUUUCCUCUUUAUUAAAUCCUGUAAAGGGGGGUCCGAAAGCUACGGUUUCCCGAAAAAGAAAGGCUGUCGGAAAUGCCAAACAAUCGACUAAAAAUGUGCCAAAACAAACUCGCUUUCUUAUUGAUUUGGGCCUCCCAGGGUAUGAUAUACAGCCAUUGGCAAGCGUCUUACAAAAGUCAAAACGAAUUGUCGUAAUCACUGGGGCUGGUAUUUCAUGUCAAGCAGGAAUUCCCGACUUUCGUUCAUCCACUGGACUUUUCAAAACACUGCGCUCAGAAUACGGGAUCUCGUUCUCCGGAAAGGAAAUGUUUGAUAAUUCCGUUUACAGGAACAUUGAAACGGUUAAUAUCUUCCAUGAAAUGAUUAAGCAGCUGUAUGAACUUUCAAAAAAUGCCAAUCCAACAGACUUUCACUACUUCUUGGCGAAACUGGCUAAGGAAUCGCGUCUUUUGCGGUUGUAUACUCAAAACAUUGAUUAUCUGGAAACUCGGUUAGAGGGGCUGGAAACAAGUAUCCCCCUUCCAUCUUCCCCGCCUUGGCCGCUUACUAUCGCACUUCAUGGAACGCUUGAAAUGGUGUCUUGUACGAAGUGUGGUUACAUUCAAAAGUUUGAUCCAAGCUUUUUUGGGAAGGACGGCUUAACAGCCUGUCCAGAGUGCAGAAUAGGCAACGAAGUUCGAAGGAUUGCUGGAAAGCGAUCUACGGCAGAGGGUUGUUUACGGCCUCGCAUAGUGCUAUACAACGAAUCUCAUCCCGAUUCGGAAGCAAUUGGCUCUGUAUGCACUCAAGAUUUAAAAUCAAAACCCGACUGUCUUAUCAUCGCCGGUACUUCGUGUAAAAUUCCCGGAGUAAAGCGAAUCAUUAAGCAGAUGAGUAUGUCUGUCAGGAGACAAAAGGGAAGUGUUGUUUGGAUGAAUCAUGAUCCCCCUAACAAAGAGUUCGAUCAUUUAUGUGACGUUAUCGUCACUGGCGAUUGCCAAACAGCGGUGAAAGAGGCCACUGCAUAUGUUGGUCCGACUGCACUGAACAUAAAGCUGAAAACGCAUGGUGCGAAGAAGCCUGAAAACCAGAGGCCGCGUGUUUACAAAAAACGAGCAAAGGUUGAGGGGGAUAUAAUGUUGAAGGAAGUUUUCCGAUCGUCGAAAGCUUCAUCUGUUCCCCCAAGACCAAAAGUGAAACUCGAAGAAGUUUAG